CACUGAGAUUAUUGUGAAUUUUUUACAAAAAUCUACAAUUUUUAACUUAUUAAGGGGAUAUUCUUGUGGGAACUUGUUAUUUAGGACAAGUGGAUAGAUAAUAACAUAAGUUUUUUCAUAACUAUUCCCCAGGAGUCAGUUUAAGGGGGUGGUUUCAUUGGACUUGUUUCUUUGAGCUGUGGCUUUCGAUCGGUUUUGGCCCGUCGUGGAAUAAACAAUUGGGUGAAUUUUGGUGUUGUUUGUGGUGAUAAAGGGGGUGAUCGAUUGUGUACAGUGUGUCGGUAGCGCAGUGCGGUGAUGAUGAGGUGGUGAGGCUGAGGAGCAGCCUCCUGCGGCCGGCAGGCGCGGAGUGUCAUGUUGGAAACUCGGUCGGUGCGCGCCGCUGAAUCGGUGUGGGCGAACAAGCCGCUGCCGGCGCCGCACGCCAUGGCCAACACCAGACACGGGAAGAACGCUCAGGAUGACGUAUGCUACGUAGUAGCAAAAUAUGACUAUGCAGCUCAAGGUGCCCAGGAACUGGAUCUACGUAAAAAUGAACGCUACCUCUUAUUGGACGAUUCAAAACACUGGUGGAGAGUUCAGAACGCUCGUAGCCAGUCAGGUUACGUACCCAGUAAUUAUGUUAAGAAAGAGAAACCAUCAUUGUUUGACAGUAUUAAAAAGAAAGUGAAGAAAGGCUCCGGUUCGAAGACACUGCCUUCUAAUAGUUCGCCUGUCCGCGGCGGCGGACCGGACUCCCCAGGCGCGCGCCGUGUGGAGCCCACCGAAGCGCUCGGCACCGCCGUCGUCAAGUACAAUUACCAGGCUCAACAGCCUGAUGAGCUAUCCCUCACAAAGGGCACCAGGAUUUUGAUAUUGGAGAAGAGCAACGAUGGCUGGUGGAGAGGACAGUACCAAGGUCACACUGGGUGGUUCCCAUCGAACUACACGAGUGAAGAAGGCGACAACGAGGACCCUGUGCAUACGUAUGCCAUGGCUGAAAACGUUCUCGAUAUUGUCGUGGCACUCUACUCCUUCACGUCGAACAACGAGCAGGAAUUGUCGUUCGAAAAAGGCGAUCGACUGGAAAUCAUCGAACGGCCGCCGUCGGACCCCGAGUGGUACCGCGCGCGAGACUCCCGCGGCCAAGUCGGCCUUGUGCCUCGCAACUAUCUGCAGGAGUUGGCAGAUUAUCUAACGCAGCCUUACAGUGAAACGACAGAGGGAGGUGCGAGGCCUAUGGCGGGGUCGGGGGCGGCAGGUCGCGCGUGGUACUACGGCGCCAUCACGCGUACGCACUGCGACGCGCUGCUCAACCAGCACGGACACGACGGGGACUUCCUCAUUCGCGACUCUGAGACCAACGUGGGUGACUUCAGUGUGUCGCUGAAAGCUCCUGGUCGGAACAAACACUUCCGAGUGCACGUGGAGGGUGCCAUGUACUGCAUCGGGCAGCGUAAAUUCCCGACCCUUGACCAGCUCGUGCAGCAUUAUCAGCGCGCGCCGAUUUAUACCAACAAACAGGGCGAGAAAUUGUACCUGGUGCGGCCUUUGCCCCGCGCCGGCGCACCUUGCUGAACUACACCCUCCACACGUUUCCCAGUCUGUUUACCCUUAAACUACCUAUAUGUUCAUUUUAGUAUGACCAGUAUAUUAUCUUUUAUCUAUCUCAUUCCUGCGAUUAUUCAUAUUUGCCGUCUCAUUCACACAAUGACUGACAAAAUGAUAAAUAAUUUCAAUGAAUUUAUGAAAGAGCAGCACUCUACUUCAGUGUCUAUCUCAUGUUGCUAACUUGCGUAAAGCUGUCCGAAUACUCUAUUUGUAUGAAUGAGACAGCAAUAGUUUUAUCUGCCUUGAGAACAAUACAUAAACUGUAACGGUGUAACAAUAAUGUACCAAUGAAUAGCCACGAACACUAACCAUUUUUUAUUACAAGAAAUACGAACCAAGCCAUCGAAAAAAAACACAAUCAAGGUUUGAUUUGAUGUAGCAAUGACACUUAGUAAGAAAUGUAUCGCAAAGGAAACCUUUUAGAUCUGUCACAACUGCAAAGUCAAUUUAAUUAUUCCAUUCCAAAUCGUUGAAGCAACCAUAGACAAUAGAAUCAUCACGCCUUGUUGACUCUACUGAUAAUUUAAAACUUUAGUGCCAACAUUAUGGUUUUGUAUUAUCUAUGGAAGGGUUCCACGAAUGAUUGUACAGUACAGUUUAAAACUUGUAAAAGGGUAAAUUUAGAAAAUGAUUUAAAAGCUA